AACUUUGACCUGAACAUGAUGUGAGGUAACCUUUAGUUCAUUUCUAUUUAUCUGUCUUGGUGGGUCCGUGCCUAUUUGAAAUAUGCGCUUCUUGGAAUCAGAGCAUGGCAAAUCUGAGAGAAACGACACCAUAUUGUACAGUAUGUCCCCGCUCCCACCACACCACACCGGACCUCUGAACCUCCUGUCCCACUUCGUUUACGUGCGCGCCGAGGCACUGGCUGCAACUCUCUCCUCUCUCCCGGGGACUGUCAAGCAGCCAAUCAGAGGCGAGUCCCCUCCUGACACCCAGCGCCAGGGCUGAUGCAGCCUGAGAGAGACGCAGCUCACACACGGACCCUAAGCGACCGCGGACUGCAGCAGUUCUGGACGGAUACACCCCUGCUUGACCUCACACAGGGAAACCGCUCCAAGGGAUUUGCUUCUGAACAAAACAACACAGCAGGGUGAGAGAGGAGGAACGGGGCGCAGGCGGGAGCUGAUGGACUAAAGACCAGCAGAGAGCCAUGGUGCUGCAGCCGGUCCCCUGAGAAGAAGGCACGCGCCACAGCGGGCAGCCAAAGAGAGAGAGAGAGAGAGAGAGAGAGAGAGAGAGAAGGACAGAAGAGGAAGGAGCGGGAGAGGAAGAGCAGAGGAGAGGAGUGCAUCCCGGAGUGUGUUUUUUUUGUUUUUCAUUAGCCGAGUGAACCCGGCGGAAUUUCGAGCCGUCGGUCCGUCAGUCGGUCCAUCAGUCGGUCCGUCAGUCGGUGGGACGGUUGGUCGGUCGGUCAGCCACCAGCCACCAGCCAUGUGGACUGGACUGCUGCUGCUGCUGCUGUGGGCCCAUCAGUGUGGGCUGGCGCUGGCCACACUCAGGACUAUCGGGGGGCUGCACAGGGCCACGGGCGGGCUGGCGGAGGUGGCGGGGGGGCCGGGGGCCAUGGAGCUCCUGCUGCGGCGCUCCAAGCGCGGAUGGGCCUGGAACCAGUUCUACCUGAUGGAGGAGUACAUGGGGGACAACAUGCAGUACGUGGGCAAGCUUCACUCUGACCAGGACCCAGGAGACGGAACCGUGCGUUACGUGCUGACAGGCGAGGGCGCGGGUGAUGUCUUCACCAUCGAUCCGCGCUCGGGGGACAUCCAUGCCAUCAAGCGCCUGGACCGCGAGGAGCGCGCCACCUACACCCUGCGGGCCCGCGCCGUCAGCAACAAGACGAGCCGCUCGCUCGAGGAUUGGACCAACUUCACCAUCAAGAUCCAUGACAUCAACGACAACGCGCCCACCUUCACCAAGUCCCUCUACAUGGCCAGCGUGCCCGAGAUGUCUGACGUGGGGACGUCAGUGAUAACGGUGACGGCCACUGAUGCGGACGACAUCUCCUACGGCAACAGCGCCCGCGUGGUCUACAGCAUCCUGCAGGGCCAGCCCUACUUCUCAGUGGAGCCCAACACAGGCCUCAUCCGAACGGCCCUGCAGGACAUGAACCGGGAGAACCGGGAGCACUACCAGGUGGUGAUCCAGGGCAAGGACAUGGCAGGCCAGAUGGGGGGGUUGUCUGGGACCACCACCGUCAGCAUCACACUGAGCGACGUCAACAACAACCCGCCGCGCUUCCCCCAGGGUGUGUAUCAGUUCACCAUCCCCGAGUCGGCACAGCCAGGUUCGGUGGUUGGUGAACUGCAUGCGAAAGACAACGACGAGGGGAGAAACGCUGAGAUGGAGUACAAGAUCGUCAGCGAGGAGGGCCGCGACAUCUUCAAGAUCACCACUGACAAGGACAAUCAGAAGGGCAUCCUCACUCUCAACCGGCCGGUGGACUACGAGAACAAGCGCAUGUACUCGCUGCGGGUCCAGGUGGAGAACCGCUACCUGGACCCGCGGUUCCGCAUGCUGGGGCCGUUCCACGACACGGCGGUGGUGAAGGUGGCGGUGGAGGAUGAGAACGAGCCGCCAGUCUUCCAGAGGUCCCCCUACCUGAUGGAGGCGCUGGAGAGCGCUCCCGUGGGCACCAUCGUCGGCUCCGUCAGUGCCAUGGACCCCGACAACAACCGGAGCCCCGUCAGGUACUCCAUCGACCGGCACACCGACAUGGAUCGAGUCUUCAAUGUGUACCCAGGGAAUGGCUCAGUCUACCUCCAGAAGCCACUGGACCGCGAGGAGCUUCCCUGGCACAACAUCUCCAUCAGGGCCGAGGAGUUCAACAACCUGAACCAGAUCAGCCGUGUGCCUGUGUCCAUCAAAGUCCUGGAUGUCAAUGACAACCCACCAACCUUCGCCACCUUUUACGAGACCUUCGUCUGUGAAAACGCCAAAGCUGGACAGAGGAUUCAGAUGAUCAGCGCCGCUGAUCCGGACGAGCCAAUCAGGGGCCAGCGCUUCUCGUUCCGUCUGGCGCCCGAAGCCUCGGUCAAAGCCAACUUCACCGUCCGAGACAAUAACGACAACACGGCGAUGAUCCUGACACUGCGCAGCGGAUACAGCCGACUCCAGCGGAGCCGCUACCUGGUUCCCGUGGUGAUCUCCGACGGCGGGAGCCCCAUGCUGAGCAGCACCAACACGCUGACGGUGCGCGUGUGCUCGUGCGAUCGUGACGGCAACAUGAAGCUGUGCAACGCUGAAGCCCUCGUCCUCACGGCCGGCCUCAGCACCGGGGCGCUGGUGGCCAUACUGCUCUGUGUCUGCAUACUACUGAUAAUCAUGGUGCUGGUGGUGCUGUUCGCAGCCCUGCGGCGUCAGCGCAAGAAGGAGCCGCUGAUCAUCUCCAAGGAGGACGUGCGCGACAACGUGGUGAGCUACAACGACGAGGGCGGUGGCGAGGAAGACACUCAGGCCUUCGACAUCGGCACGCUGCGCAACCCCGAGGCGCUGGAGGACAGCAAGCUGCGGCGCGACAUCAUCCCAGACGCGCUCUUCCCACCACUGCCGCGGAGGCCGCCGCCAUCCUCGGUCGCCGCCGCCGGUGGUGGUGGUGGUGGAGUGGCGGGGGCCCUGCGCGACAACACCGACGUGCGGAACUUCAUCUCCCAGCGGUUGGCGGAUAACGACUCGGACCCCACGGCGCCGCCGUACGACUCGCUGGCCACCUACGCCUACGAGGGCAGCGGCUCGGUGGCGCAGAGCCUCAGCUCGCUGGAGUCAGCCGCCAGCGAAGGAGACCACGACUACAACUACCUGAGCGACUGGGGGCCGCGCUUCAAGAAGCUGGCAGAUAUGUACGGCGCUGAGGAAAGCGACAAGGACUCCUAACGCCCUGCGGGCUUGGAGGCUUGGAGGAGAAACGGCUGAGAAAACACACACACACACCCUUACACACUCUCUCUCUCACACACACACACACACACACACACACAAACUAGAGCAGACUUUGCGAGCUCUGCAGGCUCUGGAGGUAAACAGACUCCGGUGGUCCUGUGGCUUGGACAUGUGGCACGAUAGAGACGGGAACUCCUGCAAAGGCUUCGACUUUCUAUCUUCUUUUCUUUUGUUUUUUCUUUUCCCCCCAAGUGCCCUUUUUUAAAAAAAGAAAAAGAAAAAAGAAACGCUGUCACACCACUAAGCCUGAGCCUUUGGGACAACCAGGAAGUACCUCUAAUCGCUUGACCUCAUGCCCCGCAGAACAGAGUUCUGGCUUUGACCUCUGGGCUGAUAUUAGUCAGUAUUAGUCGCUCCCGCUCUGAGCAUCGAGCCCUCUGAAAAAAAAAAAUGAAAAAAAAACCCAGAGUGACAGACAUGUCCUCAGCCCUGACUCUGUACAGGAAAUACUGUUUUACUUUUGUCCUUGCUUUUUAUUUUUGUCAAAGCAUCUGUUACACUAACGGAGAAGAGGGCGGUUAUGAAGAUGUAUACACGCAUACACCCAUGUGCAGAUGCAUACUCACACACAACCCACACAAAAGCUCACACACACACACACAUUGCAGUGUUUUGGGGGAAGGGGAUAUUGACGUAUUGUGAAUUUAAAAGAUUACUGUUUACUGUAACUCAGAGACAAUAUGCUGCCUUAUUGUGUUUGUUGGUUAGAUGCAAGCAGUACACACACACACACACACACACACUCGUACUCUCACACAUGUAUAGGCACAUUAGUAGCGCAGGCUGAUGCUCGCUAGGCACCAGGGUUAACACAAACAUCCCUUUGGGGUCCCACCUAAAACAAAUAAAAGACACCUCAAGUAGAGCGGUCGUUAAAAGUGUAAAUUAAGUCAACCCACAAUGCUCUGGUUAAAGCUAGAAGAGUGUGUGUGUGUGUGUGAGUGUGAGUGUGAGUGUG